AUUAAGAAAGGAAUUUACAUGAGCAAAGGGCGUUUCAGUAAUCUCAAGUUCAAGUCCUUUGAGUAAAAUUUACUACUCUCCCCACUUCCAUGAUCCAUUUCCUUCCUUGGCAGCUGCCUUCACAUGCUCUGGCAAGAAAGAAGCAUAACAAAGACAAAAGUAAUUGGAUUUCAGAAGUAUCCCCUGUUUGGUUCUAAAUUCCCUCCCUACUACAAGAUAGAUAUGGUCUUCAUCUUCUGUCCAAACACUUAAAUACCCACCUUUCAAUCUUUUUUAUUCUUCUUCUUCUUCUCUGUUACUAGUACUUCUCCUCCUCCUCCUCCUAGAUUUUCUACAACUAUUCAUUCAAUUAAUACAGAUAUUUUUAUGUGUUCUCUUACUCUCAACUAUUCAUUAUUUCAUGGCUGCUACAACGACUUCACGAAUGUUUCAGAAUAAUAAUGAAAUUAGCAGACAGGAAAUUCAAGGUGCCAUUGCCAAAGCAGUUGAAUUAAGAGCUUUGCAUGCUUCUUUAAUGCAAAAUAACAACACCAACAAUAGUCCUGCCAAUCUUAGAGUUUACCCGACCUCUGCUUCUCCUUCAAUUUUUCGCCAUUCUUCUCAAUUAUCUUCCCAAGAGUAUCCUGUUUUUACUCCUAGUUAUGAAGAAGAUCCAUUACCUGGGUAUCAACAAAUUCAAUUGAACAAUCAAGUUUUAUCAGAAAAUUGGGAUGGAUUUGGUUUAGAAAGAGGAGUAGAUGAAGAUGAAACGGAUUAUAUAUCAGACUAUAAAAAGGAGCCAUCUUUAAGGAACACAUUAUCACCAAGUUCAUUUAACAGAAUGAAUCCCACUUUUGAAGAUCAUAAAUCCUUCGCAAGUUCUUGUACAAAUCAUCUAACUGUUCUUCAAUCCUCACCGAAUAUAGAUAUUUUUAAAUCAAGUAGAAGAAUUGGUUCAGAAGAAAUCAAAUCUGUUACUACUUGUAAUAGAUGCAAACCAGCAACUAUUAGCACUGAAGCCGAAAUUUACAACAACAAUAUGAUUAUAAAUAAUAACAAGAGUUCAAGUAAUUUACCUCCUGUUUCAGAUUCUCAUUCACUUUCUCACCAAUCGUCACAAACAAAGAAUAAAGGGCAAAUUCUUACGAGAUUGUUUGCUAAAUUGAAGAAGAAAAACAAGAGUGAGAAAUCGCCAAAUCGAGCUGAAUCUGAAGAUAUGUCACAAAUGUUCAAGGAGUUGGGAAUUAUGUCCGUUGAAUCAUUGAAAAAAGAGUUAUUAGAAGCUAAUGAGAAUAAAACUGCAGCUUUAAUGGAGGUUGCUGAAAUGAAAUCUUCUUUAGGUGAGCUAAAGCAAAAAUUAGAGUACUUGGAGAAUUACUGUGAAGAAUUAAAGAAUGCUCUGAAACAAACAGUUCAAGGGAGAGAAACCCAAGUUUCUGAAUUGUCUGGAGGAGGAGUGCAUUCUAAAAGAGGAAAAUCAAUUGAAAUCAGUAGAGAAGAUUUUAUGCCGGUUAGUCAUGAAGCAAUGGUGGAAGGGUUUUUACAGAUAGUAUCAGAAACAAGAUUAUCAGCGAAACAUUUCUGCAAAACUCUAGUUAGUCAAAUCGAAGAAACAGAUUCUAAUUUAAUGGAUAAGUUGAAUUUACUUCUUCAACCAUACAAAUUGAAUUUGAAUUCCAGGUAUUCCAAGUCAGUUCUUUAUCACCUGGAAGCUCUUAUCAAUCAGUCACUUUAUCAAGAUUUUGAGAAUUGCGUUUUCCAGAAAAAUGGAACCCCAAAAGUAUUGGAUCCUAACAAACAAAGAAAAGCCCAGUUUUCAUCGUUCGUAGCCUUAAGAAAUUUGAGUUGGAAUGAAGUUUUAAGAAAGGGUACGAAAUAUUACAGUGAAGAAUUCAGUAAAUUCUGUGAUCAGAAAAUGAGUUGCAUAAUAUCUACACUGAAUUGGAGCAGACCGUGGCCGGAGCAACUCCUCCAGUCAUUUUUCGUUUCGGCUAAAUGUAUUUGGUUGCUUCAUUUGUUAGCGUUUUCAUUCAGUCCGCCUAUAUCGAUUCUUCGAGUUGACGAGAACAGGAAUUUUGAUUCUCAUUUUAUGGAGGAUAUUUUGAUGGAACGGCAGAAGUUGCAGCAGUCUCCGGUUAAAGUAAAAAUCAUGGUAAUGCCUGGUUUUUAUGUGCAAGAUAAGAUUCUCAAAUCUAAAGUUAUCUGUAGGCACGAACUGUAGUAUUUAUUGUAAGUUUGCAACUUAGUUAAUGAAAUUCAUUCAAUUCUCUAAUGCUAAAUUGUGUUUGUUGUA